CGGGCUGAGGCGGCGGCUCAGGCGGCCCCGCCCCGGGGCUCCAUUGUUGCGGCGGCCGAAGCUCAGCGGGCUGCUCGGCUCUGUUCCGCUCGGCCCGGAGCGAGCGCCGCUGAGGCGGUGGCCUGAGCAAUGGAAGAGUUAAUAGUUGAACUCCGUCUCUUUCUUGAACUCCUGGACCAUGAGUACCUAACGUCAACUGUCAGGGAGAAAAAGGCAGUGAUCACGGACAUCCUGCUGAGGAUACAGGCAUCCAAAGGUUUCGAGGUGAAAGAGCAUGCUCAGAAGCAAGAGACCCCCAGCAGCCUGCCGGCCCCUCCCCAGAUGCCCUUGCCGGAGAUCCCUCAGCCAUGGCUGCCACCUGACAGCGGGCCGCCGCCACUGCCGACGUCCUCUCUUCCAGAAGGCUAUUACGAGGAGGCCGUGCCCCUGAGCCCUGGGAAAGCCCCGGAGUACAUCACGUCAAAUUACGACUCGGACGCCAUGAGUAGCUCCUACGAGUCGUACGACGAAGAGGAGGAAGACGGGAAGGGCAAGAAGACGCGGCACCAGUGGCCGUCCGAGGAGGCCUCCAUGGACCUGGUGAAGGACGCCCGGAUCUGUGCCUUCCUGCUGAGGAAGAAGCGCUUCGGGCAGUGGAGCAAGCUGCUGUGUGUCGUCAAGGACACCAAACUGCUGUGCUAUAAGAGCUCCAAGGACCAGCAGCCUCAGAUGGAGCUGGCGCUCCCGGGCUGCAGCGUCACGUACGUCCCGAAGGACAGCAAGAAGAAGAAGCACGAGCUGAAGAUCACCCAGCAGGGCGCCGACCCACUGGUGCUCGCGGUGCAGAGCAGGGAGCAGGCCGAGCAGUGGCUGAAGGUGAUCCGAGAGGUCUACAGCGGCUGCAGCGGCCCAGCAGACUCAGAGGGGCCUCCGCCGUCAAGCUCCCCGGUGCACAAGACCGAGCUGGAGAAGAAACUGUCUUCUGAGAGGCCGAGCUCGGACGGGGAGGGCGCCGCCGAAAACGGAGUCACUGUGUGUAAUGGAAAAGAACAAGUUAAGAGGAAGAAAAGCUCCAAAUCCGAGACCAAGGGAACCGUGUCUAAAGUCACUGGGAAGAAGAUCACCAAGAUCAUCGGCUUGGGGAAGAAAAAGCCGUCGACGGAUGAGCAGACCUCAUCCGCAGAGGAGGACGUCCCCACCUGCGGCUAUCUCAACGUGCUCUCCAACAGCCGCUGGCGGGAGCGCUGGUGCCGGGUCAAGGACAACAAGCUCAUUUUCCACAAGGACAGGACCGACCUCAAGACCCACAUUGUCUCCAUCCCCCUGCGCGGCUGUGACGUGAUCCCGGGGUUGGACUCCAGGCACCCUCUGACCUUCCGGCUGCUUCGCAACGGACAGGAGGUCGCCGUGCUGGAGGCGGCGUCCUCGGAGGACAUGGGCAGGUGGAUCGGGAUUUUGCUGGCGGAGACCGGGUCCUCCACCGACCCUGGGGCCCUGCACUACGACUACAUCGAUGUGGAGACGUCCGCCCACGUCAUUCAGACCGCCAAACAGACCUUCUGCUUCAUGAACAGGCGAGGCAUCUCUGCCAGCCCGUACCUGGGGAGCACCUCCAACGGCUACGCCCACCCCAGCGGCACGGCGCUGCAUUACGACGACGUCCCCUGCAUCAACGGCUCGUGGGACCCUGACGACGGCCCUCCUGCUUCCCGUGCCGGAGGCUUGGGAGAAGAGGUGCUCUAUGAUAACGCGGUCCUGUACGAUAACUUGCCAUCUCCGAAAAUCUUUGCGCGCUACCCGCCUGCUGACAGAAAGCCUUCUAGGCCGUCUGCCGACAGACUGUCCUGUAACCAUUACAAAUACCCUCCCUCCUGCGCUCAGUCUGCCACUAACACCUCUUCUCUGGGGAGGGCGCCUUCUGUCGGGCUCAGCUCCCAGCUGAAGGGUAAGAAGCCCCCGGCAGCCUCCAGUGGGGUCACGGGGAAGGGAAAGGCCGCGAGCAGUCAGCAAAGAAAAGCCGAUUCAACAGCCAGUGUGAAGCGCACGCCUUCAAAUGCUGAGCAGUACAAAUAUGGCAAGAAUCGUGUCGAGGCCGACGCGAAGCUGUUGCAGAGCAAAGAGGAGGAGCUGGUGAAGAGGAAGGAGGCCCUGAGGAAUCGGCUGGCCCAGCUCCGGAAGGAGAGGAAGGAUCUGAGGGCCGCCAUCGAAGUGAACGCGGGCAGGAAGCCGCAGGCGGUUCUGGAAGGCAAGCUGAAGCGGCUGGAGGAGGAGUGCAAGCAGAAGGAGGCCGAGCGCGUCAACCUGGAGCUGGAGCUGACGGAGGUCAAGGAGAGCCUCAAGAAGGCCCUGGCCGGCGGGGUCACCCUGGGGCUGGCCAUCGAGCCCAGAUCAGGGACGUCGAGCCCACAGUCUCCGGUUUUUAGGCACCGGACUCUGGAGAGCUCACCCAUGUCCAGCUGCGAAACGAGCGACGCCGAGGGCCCGGUGCCGGUGAACAGCGCGGCCGUGCUGAGGAAGAGCCAGCCGCCCGGGAGCUCCCCUUGCCGCGGGCACGUGCUGCGGAAGGCCAAGGAAUGGGAGCUGAAGAACGGGACGUAGAGCGCGGCGGGACGCCCCCCCCCCGUGGCCGCAGCGCAGGACGCGGGCGUUCGUGACCGAGCUCCGGCGCCGCCCCGCGCACCCUGCUACUGAACACGUCCCCCUUACGGAAACCUCUGUGACGCGGUGGUCUCCACCUCCGCCUGUCAAAGGGCAGAGAGGACGGAGGAGCCGUGGGAAACGGGGAGCUGUGCCUCUUCACCGGGCUCCGCGUGCGCUUCCGCCGGGGCCCCCCAGACCCAGACCCGGGCCCCUCGCGGGAGAGCGGCCGGGGUCCCGGCGUCCCUCCCCACGCGCCCGUCCCCCCUCGUCACCAGAGGCGGGCGCGUGACGAGCCUGUGCUGUGAAGCAUCUUUUACCUUUCGUUGUCUUUUUUUUCUGGACAAAUGCUUUUGUCACCGUGACGUGAAAAGCUGCCAUUCUUUGUAAACUAAAAAAAAUUUCUCUCUCUAUUGUGUGUUGCACUUAGCUCUAAGGGUCUUUCAGAGAUUCUGUAUCUUGUUUUAUUAAUUAUUUGUACUGCUUCUGGAAGGCGGCGGAGUGUGUCUGCCGCCUCACUCACGCGCGCUCUUGUCCCCUUGCCCGGCGCCCGGGCCCUGCCUGCCACUCAGAGCCCGCAGGCGCCUCGUAGGAUGGCAGCGAAACUUCCACGCGCAGGGGUCCGGCCCCGUGACGGGGAAGCAGGUUCUGGGCGCCGCUCCCCCCCCCCCCCCCCCCCGCAGAACCACAGAUCCCGCCGCUCGCAGGCCCAGAGCUGGGGACCCCGGGCGGCCCCCUGCACCCGUGUGGCGUUUCCAAGAACCGGGCCAUCUGCUCUGUCCCCAGAGGGACCCUCUCAGGAAUCCUCAGUUAGGGGGGUGCAGCUACCGAUGGAUAAAAGUAGGUCACCCCAGGGCCCCCCUGCAGACAGAUUCGGGGGCACGAGCCACACCGCAGCGCUGCGGGCCUUGAUCCCGAGCGAGCUUCCCACCACGUACGGGAGCGGCGGGCAGGAAACGGCUCCCGUGCUUCCCCCCAGGCGCCGCCGCGGCCCGUCCCGAGACGGCCCGCAGCAGGGCGUGAGCUGGUGCGGGGCCCCCGUCGCACCGUAGCAGGCGGAGACUCCUCUCCUCGGCACCCGGCGCAUUCGGCCCCCCUGGGAAAUCAAGGGUGGGGGGGUGCCCCUGAGAGCUCAGGGCCCAUCUUCCCCGCAUGGCUGUUGUCUGUGGGAAGCUGGACCGCCUUGCCUUCCUUGUAUGAAGCUGAGUUUCUGUAAGAGCAAAAAGUUUGAUCCAGCGUAGAUUUUUGCUGCCUUCUGGUCAAAUACAGUUUCUCAGCGUAAGGCACUCGGGCCACUCUGCUCGAUGGCUGGCUUUGCCCGAGACAGCUGCCAGGUUACGGCCAUCAGGAGGGAAAGUGUGCAGCCUGCACACCCGACCACGGCCAGCACAGCUGGGGAGACCCCAGGCGGCACAAACCCUUCUCCCCAUGACUUUGCCCAAGGACACAGCCCGUCGGAGCCAGAGGCGGGGCUGGGACCCGGACCCUGGGCCUCACGCUCCUGACAUCCACAGCUGGUGUCUGAAACGGCCAGGCUUUUAAUUCACCCUCAUAGCCAUGAGCCCUUUAAAGGGGACGCCAGGCCUAGGCAGGUCCUGCAUUCUGCGGAGCCGUUUGUGGGGGUCGCGGGGGCAAGGUGCCGAUACGGGGCUCCUUUGAUGCUGUGCGUUCCCCUCGACAUCUUUAGAUUUGGUCAGAAAGUUAGGUGAAGGGAUUUGCUUCAAAGUAAGUUAUUUAUUUGUAUAUGUUCAAUAAAUAGAGUUUUUAAUUUAUAUCUGUACAUAUUAGACCCACAUUAGCCAUCUUGUCAGAAUCCCCGACAGUGGUGUCAUGUGACCGCCCUCCGAGGGCACCCUAGGGCCGCGUGGGUGCCAGUCACGUCCCGCUGGAGAAGUCACCUUCCCUUCCAGGCGUCACCAGACCCAUGACGGACGGUCCUGUUCAGGGAAUGAUGACCAACCCGUAGCAGGGUCCUGACCCCGAGUGGGAGGGACGUGGUGGCCCCACAGAUGGGGCCAGCUCUGUGGUGACCGGCCACUUCCCCGAGAAGCCACCCCAUCAGCCCGGGGCUCUGCAUCUGGUCAGAUGUCAUCCACCUUCAAAACGCCCUCCAUUUUUAUGUGUUCGUGAUGUUUGAAAGUCGCUCACCAGCCUUUUGCACAGGAACAAAAUGGCCACCUCUGGUGUGGGCACAGGUGGGCGGCCAUUUUUCCUUUGUUCACAGUUCGUAGAGGGUCCAGCAAGGCCGACAAGCCAGCCACGCCCUUGCCAGGCUUCCAGAUGGUUCUGCCACUGAGUAAACCGUCUGGGUCUGCGGUGCGGUCCAGAAGGGCGUGGAGCUUUCUGGAAACUUCUCUGGGUGACCGUUUAUACGCCACGGCUUAAACCCGUCUUGUCCCCCCCACCCCCCACCACCUCGUUCAUUUGCACACUUCGGUGUUGCCAAGCCUGAUCUUCUUCCGCAUGCAUUUCACUGUCUGGUUCCCAGACGCCCCAAGCUACUCCGAUGGUUUGGAGAUUUGUCACCUUUUGCAAAGUGUGUUCCGAGCAGUGUGUACCCUCAGCCCUGAAGGCCGCGCCCAGGAGACCCAGACUCGUUUCAGCCACAGCACCAAUCGGGAACCCGCGUGCAGGUUUGCAGGGGGACGGCUGUGAGCGUGGGCGGCCUGGGCGUUGCGGGCAGGACCCAUUUGUGGUCAUGUCUUCUCCAUCCAGAAGGGGAUGGCGGCCGUCCCUGCGGGUGCUCGGGCCGGAAGCCGCCUCCUGGCCGCACACCUGCCGGCCACGUCCUGUGACACGGCCUCCCGAGGGGCCCAGGUGGCGUCGCUCACACUGCUUGCUGUUUGCCUCCCUUUUUUCUCUCUACGAUAAGUUUUUAGUGGGGGAAAAAUUUCCAGUCUGUGGUGUCAUUUUAAAGAGCGAUUACUGUUUUGUUCCUGUUGUCGUCGCCGGCCCCUCGCUGUCCCCGGGGUGGGCCCGGCUGAUACUGUGAAUACGUGAAGGUGAAGGACACCGCGUGCGAGCGUGGGCUCAGCCGGUCCCGCGGGAGCGUCCCCGGGCAGCUCGUCCGGAGCGAAGGCACGCGGGCUGCAUGCGCCCCGGGAGUCGCCGGGCCCGCGACCCCCCCGCCCCGUCUUUCGUGCCCCAGUUCUGGCUGCGAUCUUCCGGAACAGGCCGCCUUCCCACAGCGGGCACGUGUCCCCCGCGUUCCGAGCCAUCGCGUGGAAGGUGCUUUGAACAUGGGAUCGUCUGAUGGUGAUUUUUAGGGACCAAAGGUGUUUUUAAUAUUUGUAUUUGAUUUCUAGCAAGAAAACAGUGACUUUAAAUUUUAACACCAGCUUUCACAUUAUAUUUAGCAUUAAUUGACCACGGCUGUAAGUUGUAAAAUGUUUUCAUAUUAAGAUUGUAAUUAUUUCCUACUGUAUUUUUUAAAACAACGAAAGUCCUAUUUAAAAUUCUCUUUGGAAAAAAAGAAACAAACGUCAAAGAUUUUUUUAAAUAUGUCGCCGGUGCCCAUUUUAAAUGAUUGUAAAUAUAUUUUCAUUGUAUUUCUCAAUGUAUUUAAUUCAUACAGUAAGAACUUUUAUCAAUGGAAGCUUCCAACGGAGAUACCGGUUUUCAGGCCUUUCGCUCCAUAUUGUAGUAAAUCACUUGAAUUUUCUGCUUUACUAACCGAGUUUUCUACUGUUGCGCACGGCGCAGCGCACGGACUGGCGCCCCGCGGCGUGCCUCAUUCGCGUGUCCUCAAUAAAGCUGUACGCGUCCAGCAGCC